AUGCACCACCACUUGCGCCACCCCCUCCUCCCACUGCAUCACCCCACCUCAACCCCACCCCCUCUGCCACUCCCACCACCCACCUCCCUCCCCCCACCCCCACCCACCCUCCAAUCCUCCCCCCACAACAACAAUCAACAAUCCCGCAUAAAAAACAACCCCCCCGCCGCUCGAGCCCCACCCCCUCAAACUGCUCCUCAACGACAAACUCUUCAAACCACACCCACUCCUCAACGAAUAGUCAAGCAAAGCUGCACGGGGGCGGGUCACGUGACGGGUCUAUAUUCCCACCACCGUUCGUUGUCAGGGUGUCCGAGGAAGGAUAAGCUCGCCCCGGAAAUCCUGGCCCUGCAUGAGACAAUCUUGAAAUGCCCGACGAGUGGUUGCACGGGUCGGGGGCACGUCAACUCCAACCGGAACACGCACCGCUCGCUCUCCGGAUGCCCCAUCGCCCAUGGCUCCGGGGCUUUCGUUAAGGGUAAAGAUGACUACGAGGACUCCUCCCCUCACUCGAAUGAACAGAGUAUGGUCUCACUUUUCCCCCCGUUGUUGUUGCUGCCGGAAUAUAAUAAUGUUACCACGACAACGGGGACGCCUCCUCCGACGACGGUGGUGCAGCAACCACACCCCCUGCAGAAGGAUAACAUUUUGAAUUUGAGCGUGAAGCAGAUGAUGGCCAGUGGGGGUGUCAGUGGGAGUGGUGGGGGUGGUGCUGAGGGGAUAAUGGAUCUGAGCUAUGUUCGAAACUCACCCCAUGAUUUGAGCUGUCCGACAGCAACAACAACAGGGGGGAGGGGGGAGUGGUGGGGGGGUGGGAGUGGUUCGAGUGGGUGGAUCCGUCGGGAACAUUCCACCCCCCGCUACGACCCCAGCCACACCCAUAGCCACACCCCUCGCUAUGACACCCACCACCACACCCACAACCACAACCACCACCCCCCACCACCAAAUAAUCAAUAUUAUUACCAAGAUUAUUAUGCCCAAAAUUACUAUAACAACAACAUUCCACCCUUGUCACACCCUCCGUUGCCACAGCAACAACAACAACAACCACCCACAACAACAACAACAUCGACCCAGGGGAAUUACUACAUUUACCCACCCCCACCACACCCACAACAACAGUUGAUGAUGAGCAGUGGGGGUGGUUUGAGUGGGGGUGGGGAAUUUCAGGAUCGCAACGGGAGUCCUAAAAUUUAUUCCCCCGUGGUUACCACGACAACGGCUUCCACCCCGAGGAGCAAUUCCAGGGGGAGGGAUGGGAAGGAUCUCAUUCAGUGCCCCACCCCCGGGUGCGACGGGAUGGGGCACGUUUCCGGUAACUAUGCGACGCACAGGAGUCUCUCGGGCUGCCCCCGCGCGAACAAACCGAAAUCGAAACCUCGUGAGGGGCCUGAGGCGGAGCCCCUGCGGUGUCCAAUUCCGGGCUGCGAUGGCUCGGGCCACGCGACGGGAAAGUUCUUAUCUCACCGGUCUGCGAGUGGAUGUCCGAUUGCGAAUCGGGCCAAGCGACAAACGGGGGGCGAGCAGGAGGGGAAAUUAUUCAUGCAGUCGGAUGGGGGGAAUUUCGAUUUUUCAGGGGAGCAGAAGCUCCACCACUACACCUCCCCCCCCUCGACCUCGGCCACCCCCCACACCCCGACCCCCACGACGACGAACGAUGACGACUACGCCGAGAAGGAUAAUAAACGUUACUAUAACAACAUUAUACGAAACAUGUCUUUAUUAGAGAGGCAGCAACCACCGCCGCCCCCACCCCCACCACACCCACCGCAGCAACCACACCCACACCAACAACAGCAACAAUUUGGGUACAAUUAUUAUUACGAAGGGUACGAGUUUGAUUAUCUGGGGAAGCUCCAGCAGUUGUCAGGGGGGCAGCAGCAAAAUAGUGGUAGUCAUGGCAACAGGGGGGAUUAAUUGUGUGUGUGUAAAUUUGUGUGUAAAUAAAUGAAUUUUUUUCUUGGGAAAUUUGAGAUUUUUUUGGGGC